UAAGCUGCGCAGAGACCCGGCCUCCAUGAUCCAAACGUACCCACCGAUCGAACUAGAUCACCAGCGACCAACCAACCACAGCAAUGGCGCUCAAGGGCACAACCAAGUUCGCCGCGGAGUGCUCCUCAUCGUCGUCGCUGUUCGCGAAACAGCAACCUCCUCCGUCGCCGCUGACGGACCUGGAGGUGACCGUGCUGUCCGCGGAGGAGGUCGUCCUCGGGGGCACCGUGCGGCGCAAGCCGCUGGACCGGGGCGCGUACGUCGUGGUGCACACGGACACGGCGGCGGCGCGCACCCGCGCCAACGACGAGGACGGCCACUGCAACGGGUACCCCUACUGGGGCGAGGCGUUGCGCGUGACGGUCUCCGAUCGGGCGACGGCGAUCGACGUGGAGAUCUACCGCCGGAAGAGCGACGGCCGCGCCGAGUCGGUGGCUGCUACGCGCGUGCCCGUCGCCGACUUCAGCGUCGGCCCGCCGGGCCACCUGCAUUGCCUCAGCUACCGGCUCUACGACAGCGGGUCGAGGAUGGGGACCCGCAACGGCGUCAUCAACAUCAGAGUCAAGAGGCUCAGCGGUGCGGCGCCAACGAAAGAGCUCGGGAAAGGCGGCAAGACCGUGGAUGAUGCGGCGAGUGGGAGUGAUGGUUCCUGCUGUGGUGGUGUCGCCAAGGAGGGGAAGGUGCCUUCGGCGGCGGUGGCAGGGGUGGCGGCGGCACCCGCCGGCGUGGUGAUGGGGUUCCCCGUCGGGUUCAAUGCUGCUGGGCAGCCCAAUGGCAAGGGAUCAGCGUAGAGUACGUAGUAAAACCAAUGUGGUUCAGAAUUUGAUCCUGCAAUGUAAAUGGUGAUAUUUGUGCGACUAGUAGUUGCGAGGAUGUUGGCUUAAAUUCGAGCAAUCCGUAUUUUAAAGAAUGAAAUCAUUGUUUCAAAAGGAUGCACUCUAGCUAUUUGAUCAUGCAAUGCAAUGUAUAAUUAUGAUAUAUAUUUGGCUA